AUGGCCGCUGUUACAGGCGUCAGCGUGGUGCUGUUCCUAGUGUCGCGCUUCAGUCCGUACGAGUGGCGCGUUGAACAGUGUGGAGGUGAUGCGGAGAUCGUCAAUGACUUCACGAUCUUCAACAGCCUGUGGUUCUCGCUCGGUGCCUUCAUGCAGCAAGGCUGCAACAUCACGCCAAGGUCGGUGUCAGGCCGGAUUGUCGGGUCGGUGUGGUGGUUCUUCACCCUCAUCAUGAUCUCCUCCUACACUGCCAACCUGGCCGCCUUCCUCACCGUGGAGCGCAUGGCCGCGCCCAUAGAGAGCGCUGACGACCUAGCGAAGCAGAUGGAGAUACAGUAUGGAACCUAUAUAGGAGGGUCCACGUACAAGUUCUUUGCUAGUUCAUCGCUUCCACUCUACAAGAGAAUGUGGUCCUACAUGAGUACACAGAAACCGUCCGUGUUCACAGCGUCAACUAGGGCCGGUAUAGAACGUGUCCGAAAUUCAAAGGGUAAAUACGCCUUCCUGCUCGAGUCGCUGACGAACGACUACGAGAACACGCGCAAGCCGUGCACGACGAUGAGAGUUGGCAGCAACCUGGAUUCGAAAGGCUACGGCGUCGCCACUCCCCACGGCUCCGAACUGCGAGAGAAGCUUACGCUAGCAGUGCUGAAGUUACGGGAGAUGGGUGAUCUGCAUAAACUCCAGACAAAGUGGUGGGACGACAACAGCGAGUGUCUUGGCUCCAGCAGUAAUCAGGAGGCUUCCCAGAGCCCCGAGUUGAAUAUCCACAACGUUAUUGGAAUCUUCUACAUUCUCGUAGGUGGCCUCCUCCUUUCCCUUUUAACCACCUCCGCUGAGUUUGCGUACAGAUCGCACUCCGAAGCUAACCAAACGAAGCAGAGCAUGUGGUCAUCAAUGAAACAAAGGCUGAUAGAAAUGUCCACUGGAGAUCAUAUGGAGGAGGACAGGCACUCCGACAUCGAGGCAGUGACGGAGUUGGAACAAGAGAGUAUUGCCGGAGUCGCUGGCGUGUCCAAUAUGACCUACUACGGCUCCGCCUCACUUACGCUACGCGCCGGCGAAACAAGCGUCACGAUGGCAGCAACACCGUUUAACGCGCACACUGAAGUCUAGAGCGAUUGCGAACAACGACCACUGUGAGACAUACACCGCUUAUGAGGCAUCAGGGGUCUUAUUCGACUAUACUAGAAACGACCAGGGGCGGAUUCAGACCGUAUUUGCCGUGUUGGGAAAUAC